UUAUUUCUCUCUCUCUCUCUCUCUCUCUCUCUCUCUCUCUCUGAGCCUUCAAUUAGCCUCGGGUGCUCUGGUUCAUGGAUAUUGAUCUCUUGUGGGCUAUUGGGGGGUGGUUUCUAUUCUUUGAUUGCAUGGCAGCUUCUUCUUCUUCUUCAACGUCAUCGUCGCUCUCAGAAGGACACACAAAGCUCAACCAUCUCUUCAUCACCUUCUUCCUCUUCCUCUCCCUUCUCAGCUUCGUGUUCCUUGUAUCGACGAUCCACCCCAUGGACGGAGCCGAGAAGCCGUCGCUCGUGCGCUCCUCCUCGUCAUUAAUCAUUGCUCGGAGGCUUCUUCUCUCGUCAUCAGAUCAUUCCAUGGAGUCAUCAUCUUCAUCUUCAUCCACUGUGAGCUUUCACCCCAAGAAGGCCAGCAACCGCAAGGCUUCCUCGCGGCAAUUCGAAGCCGGAGCCCACGAGGUCCCGAGCGGUCCGAACCCGAUAUCGAACCGGUGAAUUAGAACCGAGCACGGGUGGGGGGGUUUACACGGAAUCGGGACAGAGAUGCAUGGAGGAGCGAUGAGAAGUGAGAAGCUAUUGGCUUUGUGGGUUUACUGUUUCCAAGUCAGCCAUUAAUACUGCUUUUGUCUUCAGUGAGGAGGGUUUUGUUAAUUACGUUUUAGUAUCAUCUGGUCUCUGGUCUCUACUUUCUUUUUCUUCUUCUUGGCGUCGCUCUCCCUUUUUUGUAUUCUAUAAAGAUGUAUAGCAAACUUAUACUCCAUGAUGAUAUAUCUUAUAUUUGUAUGUUUCUAUAUAGAUUUGCUUUCUGUGAUA